CCCUCUCUCUCUCCCUCUCUCUCUCUCUCUCUCUCUCUCUCUCUCUCUCUCUCAUUGCAUUUGGAUAAUCCCAAAGUUUAAGCUUUAGUGAUUUAGGAUUAUAAUGGAUAACCAGAGCAAUGCUCUUCUUAGCUGGGCUUACUACUCCCAUGGAAAGACAACGGAAGAACUAAGACAGACACUUCUGUACACUACACUGGAGCUGGAUCAGACAAGACUGGAUGCUCAGGAGGAAUUGAGGAAGAGAGAUGAACAGUUGAUUCAUCUCAAAGAUGUUCUUACCAAAACCAUUAAAGAAAGAGAUGAAGCACUCGAGAAAUGCCAACGUCUCAUCUAUGACAACCUCUUGCUCCAACAGCAACAGCAACAGCAGAAGCAGAGCCAGAAGCAGAAGCGUAUCACUCCUCCAUUGUCAGGAGCUUCAAGCAUCGAAGACGAACAACUUCAGCCACAGCAGCAACAGCGGCAGCAGCAGCAGCAGCGACAGCUGGGAUCCAACAAGAGCUUCUCAUCAUCGGAUUGCGAAGAGAGCAUCGUUUCACCCACUGUGAUUGAUCCGGUUGAGGUCGCGGAAACUGAGAUCAUGCCCUCGCUAUUGCCGGAGAAGCCAUUGCCGGAAAAGGGCAAGCUUUUACAGGCUGUUCUCAAAGCAGGUCCUCUGCUUCAGACACUCCUCUUAGCCGGUCCGUUGCCACAGUGGCGUCACCCUCCGCCGCCCCUCGAGACCUUCGAGAUCCCUCCGGUGACGGUUCCUCCGCCUCCGACACAGUUUCAAGGUCCAAUUGUCAACAAUGGCUGUGGCAAAUUCAACAGGAAAAGGGUAUUCUCAGAUGGGUCAUAUUCACCUGCAGAGACAAAGUAUCAGAAAGUUCUUCUUCAUUGACCAGAAAUUCAGACAACAACAGCUGCUGAAAAACCCUAGCAACUGAUCUUUAUCCUCACUCAAGCAGUAGUACUAAAUAGCCUCUAAUAUAUACUACAUAUAUAUAUACACACCAGUCACUUUCAGUAUUAGUCUCGUUUAGGGUUCUAGUGAGAGUGAUGAUCUUUCUAGUCAGUGUUUUUUUGUACAUGGGGCUUGAUUUUUGAUCUUUUAACCCUUUUUUUCCCCGGGUGAUCGAUCAGGUCGUCAACUGUGGAAACGAUUGUCAGAUCAGAGAUGGUCACAAGUGAUUUAGGGUUUUAAGAUUUUGAGUGAUGGGGGAAGAAAGGCGAAUCCAAAAGCUCCCCUGGUUUUAACUCUAAACCGAAGAAAAGAGUUACUGCUAAGUGAGAGCUUG